CGUCACGAGUCACGUGACCAAACCACGCCUCGGCACAGUGGCUCGAUACGUUUGCUUCAUGAGCUACAGCGCAUGUGUCGAAGCCUCGGGUAUCAGAGGACGAUCACUAUACAAGUGACGCCAUGGCAACGGAGGGGGAGCCAACCGACUUGGUCAAAGUGUUGCACCUCCUGGUGCUCUCUUUCUCCUGGGGGAUGCAGGUCUGGGUGUCCUUCAUCGCAGGUUUUGCGCUGGUGCGACAGGUAACCCGACACACCUUUGGCCUCGUGCAGAGUAAGCUCUUCCCUUUAUACUUCUACAGCCUGCUGGGAAGUCACUUUGUCAACCUGGCUGUGUAUGCUGUGUACCACCCCAGAGAGCUGCUGGACUGGCAUGAAAGCGUGCAGAUGUUUCUGUACUUCGUAGCGCUGAUCAUGGCAGGUCUGAAUGCUCAGUGGUUCGGCCCUGCAGCCACUGAGGUGAUGUUCCAGAUGAGGGGGGUGGAGGAGGAGCAUGGCCUGGGGAACCAGAUUGGCCUGGGCAGCCAGAAGGAGGGUUAUGCUAAGCUCAGAGAGCAGGACCCCAAGUACAAAGCCUACAAGAGCACUUUUGGUCGUUACCACGGGUUGUCUAGCCUCUGCAACCUGACAGGGUUCAUCUGCACCACCACUAAUUUGGUUUACACAGCUCUGAACUUGUCCACCAUUUAGACAAGAGCAGGCUUCAUGCUUCAGUUUGUGAAAGGACACAAGAAUCUUUCACAUUGUUGAUCACUUGUACUCACUUAAUUAGCAAGUGAGUACAAAUCCCAACUCCAUUUUAACUGAUGAUUAUGUAAUUAACUGAGUCCAAGUGAUGAUGAAUGUGCAGGAGAUUUCAGUCCUUUCAUCGUCACCUACACAACUGCUCAUAAGUCUCUCUUGAGUAGAACAACUUUGUGUGCUCAAGUCGUGAAAAACAUCUCAGUGUCAGUUUCUCUCUCAUCACAGUUUCAAUAUAAACUUGCAGAAAUUAAACGUGAAUCAAGAACAACUGGACUUACAUAACAGUGACAUCAUGUAGAUUAAUUAGGCAGAAUUUUGCAGCACUAUAUCUGUCCCAAGUGUCCUUAUGUGCAGGAAUGUCUUCAUUUCCAGAAAACUCACGACUGCUGUUCACUUUUUUGUCAGUCACUUUCAAGUGUUUAAAUGACACUAUUUCAAAAGAUAGAAUGUAUUUUUGCAUUUUUAUAUUUUCCUUUUUGUAUUUAAUUUUAUUGCUCACAACCAGACUCCAUGUUAAGAAGAAAUAUCUUUAACCCUCCUGUUGUCCUCAUUUAUGGGCACCAAAAAAUAUUGUUUCCUUGUCUGAAAAAAAUCCCAAAAUUCAGCAAAAAAAUUCCACAAAUUUCUGAAAAUUUGCAAAACCUUCAGGAAGAAAAUUCCAAAAAUUCCUUAAAAGUUUCCCUUAAAAGUUUUGUUUAAAAAAAAAAUUUAAAUAAAAUAAAAAUCUCCCAAAUUUGGCAAGAAAAUUCUUGUAAAUAUUUUCAAAAAAUGAGUAAAAAUCUUCCAAAAAAAAUCCGAAAAAUAUCUAAAGUGAUUACAUAUAUGUAUCAGUAAAACUUCUAAUAUUUUCUUCAAGAACAUUCACCAAAAAAUCAACCAUAUUGCAGCGAAAUUCGCUGGAUUUUGGUUGAUUUUUUUGUGAAUGUUCUUAAGAAACAUUUUUAACAUUUCUUUUUUCCACCAAAAAAUUUUCAAAAAUUUCCCAUAAAUGUUGAAAAUGUGGACAUCAGAAGUUUCACUGUGAAAAUACAUAUUUUUUUCCACAUUUUCAAACUUUAAAAGGGGUCAAUUUAGAACCCGCAGGACGACACGAGGGUUAAAAACACAGUAAAUAUUUAUCCUAAAACUUCAGCUGCUGUGUGGGCAGUCGACCAGCAGGGGGGGAUGUUUUGACACUGAAUAGAUCCAUCUGCACACAUCACAUUACAAUUUUAACGUGUCUUGAUAUUGUGAAGAAAAUGUGUUUUACAUUUGUCAGUUCUGCUGAUUUAACACUAUAAUUAGGAGAAUAAACAGAUUAUUUUUUAAUUCUUC